AUGCGCGCGUUCGCGACCGUUAGAAAAUUGCGCCAUUUUUUAGUUGUAACCAAGAUUAUUCUCUGAGUUGUGCCGCGGUUACCGCUUAAAACAUUUAUGACAUUCUGAGGGGCGACACGUGCGCGCGGUUUAGUAGUGGUGCGAAUUUUCAAUCGCGCGACCGCCGUCGGACGAAAUUCCGACUAACUACGCUUCACAGUGUGGUAUAUACUUACUAGCAAGAGGUUCACGCACGAGGCUAACAUUUUUACCGGAUUCUCUUUGAGAGGAGCUCUUUUUUUUCUGUAAACAAAAUGUCGGUAGACGCAUUGAGUGAUGCGGAAUUGCGUAGAAAAUUAAUGGAGUAUGGGUACCCGGUGGGCCCGGUGACACAAACCACCAGGAAGAUUCUUGUGAAAAAGUUGAAAAAUCUCAUUGAAACUCGAGGCGGUACAGGGUCACGACAUUCAUUGGCUGCCAGAUACAGCAGCGAAGACACAGAUGAUGAUACAAGUUCGACACUUAACAAAAAGAAAAAAGCUACUGCAAGCACUAGAAGGCAAACACUAGCUAACCCAAUGCCUCCACCAUCAUCUGAUGUAAGCAUAUCAAAAAAUCCAGUAAAGGAUAAAAUUGCAGAUUCUGAGUUUAAGGAUCCUAUAGCACCGGACUACAAUAGUUCUUCCUCUUUCACAAACCGUACAAUAACAAAAACUACUCACAAGAAGUAUACGAAGACCAAUAAGACAUCAAGUACAACUGAUGGCUUAGAAACUGGUUCUGAUUCAGAUAUUGUUGAAGAAAUAUCAAAUAUAUAUAACAAAAUAUAUACUCCGCCUAAAUAUUCAACGAGCGUCCCUAAACCUCAUGAGUCUAGAUCUUAUGAGCAUAACAUUGCCAAUCAAGAACAAAUUUCAAAACCGUAUGAGCCGAAAUCGAGAUCUAUCCACACUGUGGUCGAUAAAUAUAAUGAAUUUUUUGACUCAAACAUCUCUCCAAUACCAUCGACGAGUGAAGAUGUUCCCACAAAAGAUAGCACAAAGAGAGAUAUUUUAGCCAAUUAUGAAACACCAUUCCUCUCAGAAUUUACCAGGAGACUUAGUUCACGAUCGUCCAUGAACUUACCAUCCACAUCUUUGUCCAGCUUAAAGAGUCCAACUUCGCGAUUUGCAUCGAAUGUACCAGAUUUGAAGGAAAAAGAUUCAAAUGGACAUUUCUCUACUUUGAGAUCUUUAUAUCCAUCGUCCAAUCCGAGUUCCAGGUACAUAACGUCAUCCCUUGACAGACCCCGGGAAACGGUGAACAGAAUGUUUAAAUCAACUACCACAAACAGGGAAGAUGUACGAAACAAUCACAAUAUGGUAUCUGUAGUUUUGGUAGUAGUACUUGCUUUGUUUUUUGGGAUUCUCGCCAUAAUAUAUAUGGGACUUGGUGGAAAAUCGGAGACGUUCCCAUCGCUCUCAACGGAUAGCAACAUACCACUAUGCUUUCUCGGGGACGAUCUUGAAGCGCCUGGAGUUAACUGUGUAAUGAAAGAAAACGUAGAUUCGGUGUUACAAUUAUUGAAGCGACUGCAGCCGAUUUUAACAAAAAAGGCCGUGUCCAUGAUAUGCGACAAUUCCAGUGAAACUCCUUACUUGACCGACUUUGAGAUAAUGCAAAUGUUCACGAGCACUAAAGUGAAAAGUCUGGAGGUGAAGGAGGACUUGCAGAACGCGCAGUUACUCGUCAUAAAAAAUCCGAAAUGGGGCAUUUCUCUUGUAGAUAUAAGCGACGAUAACGGAAAUCCGGGUGGUGUUUUAGAUUCCUUGGACAAGUUAUUCAACACUCGACUGAACGGUAAAGUUGGAAUGGUGAUCAAGAAUCCAGAGUUGCCGAUGCAAUGUGUUAUCAAGAACAAGCUUUUCACCGUAUGCUCUUCGCUCCUAAUCGUGUCACUCGGGCUCCUAGCAGCUAUAGGAAUCCAGAAAUUAUUCGUUUGGUAUAUAAGGUACAAGAAAAGUACCGAAAUGGAGGUGUUUCAGCUUGUUAGCAACAUCAUUAACAUGGUUGAAAUGCAUCAUCAAAACGCAGCGGUUGCUACGCCCGGUGGCACGCAAGAAAGUUUUCUUGCUAUAAAUCACGUACGUGACAAUCUUAUACUUCCGAAAAAUCGGAAAAAGAUGGCUGGUCUUUGGGAAAAGGCAGUGAAAUUCUUGGACGAGAAUGAAUCGAGGAUUCGAAGAGAAGUGCAGCAGGUCGCUGGAGAAGAAUUUCACGUAUGGCGCUGGUUGCCUAACAACAUGAGCAAUCCGAAUUCCCCGAAUUUAGUUCUGAAAAAGAAGGGUAAAGUGUGGCAAGGCCAAGCGUUCGAAAUGAUCGAAGGAUCCGUCAACAGUUUGACUUGUUCGCCGACACCGUGUUUGAAGAUCAGACACAUGUUCGACGCUGACGUAGAAUUCGAAGAUGAUUGGGAAACGAAAGUGCAGGACGCUAUUCUCGAGAAAUGCGGAGAGAGCGUGAAGAUACUUCACAUCCGAGUAGAUCGUGGCAGUCGCGAGGGUUGCGUGUACAUAAAGUGUAUGUCAAAAGAGGACGCCGGACAAGUGUACAAUGCCGUACACGGAUGUUGGUUUGAUGGUAAUUUAAUAACUGUGAAGUACCUGAGAUUGGAGAGAUAUCACGAGAGAUUUCCGGAGUCACGUCGUUGUACAACACCAUUGAAACCGAGUAACAAUCUACGAUUAUCUAUGCAGGCGGGUCAUCAGUAGCGAAUGCUGUGCGGACGUGAACUGACGAAAUACCUCUUUGCUUGUACAUACAUGGAUAGUAAACAAGCAAAAUUUGAGUUUUUGCCGCUGAAAUAAUUGUUUGCGGACCAGAAUUCGCGAGAUACAUACUUCUAUUUUUUGCCCCCCCGAGAAAAGAAUACAAACUUCAUACUGUCGCGCAGAAGUGUAGAAAGUCUAUGGGUCGCGGGAUAUUGUGUGAUACCAUUCUGAGAAUCGAAGAGGCAGAGACUUUUUUAUAAGCAUUUUCGUUUUGAUUUUGUAACAGUUUGUUGUAUAUUAUUACGUUCUGUCGCCUUUUUUUUUAAGGUAAGAAAGUCGAGAAGGAAUAAGACUCAAUGAUUAUACUAUUUAUGAAACUGCUGUAAAGCGUGGAGACGUGGUUUUCGAACGCUGCAUUUUAUGAACAGUUCUUCAAGUAGCAAUAUACAGGUGAAUAAAAUGCAUAUCCAAAUUUCUAUAACAUAUGUAAUAUAUUAGUCUUGUGCGCGUGAAGGAAGAAUGUUUCAUUCAGUCGACUAGAAUAGUAGCUUCCUCGUGAAUCAUUAACGAUUGUAUAACUUUCUUUAUUAAUAAGUAGAGAUCAAUUCUUUUUUUUUUACGUAAGUAUCCUUUUGGCGUUUCAUAAACUGUACUAAAAUUCAAGUGUAAAUUAUAAGAAAAAAUAAUAUAUAAUAUUAAGAAAUUUGAAUACGUUUCACGUAAUUCGUAACAUAUAGUUAUUAUAUCGACGUUCAUACCUAUUACUUAACUUGUAGAUAUAAAUUUAUACAUACAUUUUAUAGAUGAACAAUAUGAAAAAAAGGAUGAUACCGAUCGUAUAAAGUAUUGAAUCAUUUUAUUUUUACUAAUAUGACUUUCUUUAUUGUAUUUUAAUGUACCAUCACAUGUACUGUAAAAUACAGUUCAUAUUUUGUAAUAAUCAACAUUUUAAUACUUCCUUUUAUGCACGCCGACGCGUAAACAAUGUAUAUUGCUACUUAAAAUAAUAAAUAAAUUAAAUUUUUGUAUUUUGUGUAUUUCUUAACAAUUUUUAAUACCCGGACGGAAAAAGUAGGAUUCUAAAUGAAAUGAUGAGCCUUCUAUAAAUUUGUGUUUUAUUUUUUAAAAUAAAUGACAUGAGAGUAUGAAUUAA